AUGAAUUACCUGCUUUUGCCAACUGGCAAAAGCACAUCUAUCAGAAGAAAUUCUCGCUUGAAAGCCGGAAACAAGAAACUCGAAGAUGAGCCUUGCUCUGGUCGAGCGACUGCAAAACUGAAGAAUCUGGCGGAGCAGCAUCCAUAUGAAGGUGUGCGAUAUUUUGCUGCCAGUCUUGGCUGUUUGCUGUCCACCGUGAGCAAUGGAAUGCGAUCUCGGAGUGGUGAAAAAGCUUGGUCAGUGGCUCCCCCGUGUAUUGAGCGACGACAACCGCCAAAGACGCCUAAACCUCUGCACUCCGCUGCUCUUCAGAAGCCACAAAUUCGACUGGUCUACUGCGCUCAACUGCAAAGACUGGCCGACAAGAUCCGCAAGGAGCAAUCGAAGGUCGACAACGUUCGAAUGCUACACGAUAACGCGCGCCCUCACAUCGCAAAGAAGACUUCCCAGAAAAUUCUGGAGCUCAGAUGGGAAGUUCUACCGCACCCACCGUACAGCCCGGACCUGGCCCCGAGCGACUACCACCUCUUCCGUUCGCUUCAGCAUCACUUCGAAGAGAAGCGCUACACUGAUCGUGACCACCUCGAAAAUAACCUUCGAGCAUUCUUCGCCUCCAAGUCGCCGGAGUUCUACGUAAUGAAAUUCCUUGUCGUCGCGACAGCUCUGGUCCUAUCGUUCAUCGCUGUUGCCAACGCAAGCUACUGGCGUUAUGCUCAUUCUGGCAACUCUGCUAAAUAA